AGGAAUCAAAGCCGUAGGACUAUUCUGCGCACGCGCAAAAAGUACACGCUGCCGGAAGUGAUGGUGCCCCUACCAAAGCGGGAGGUUUAGCACGCGUGCGCAAAAAGGCUCUUCCGUCAGCUGUAUUGUGGAUAAUGGUGGAGAAGAAAACCUCGGUUCGCUCCCAGGACCCUGGACAGCGGCGGGUGCUGGACCGCGCGGCCCGGCAGCGCCGCAUCAACAGGCAGCUUGAGGCCUUGGAGAAUGACAACUUCCAGGACGACCCCCACGCAGGACUCCCCCAGCUCGGCAAGAGGCUGCCUCAGUUUGAUGAUGAUGCAGACACCGGAAAGAAAAAGAAGAAAACUCGAGGUGAUCAUUUUAAACUUCGUUUCCGAAAAAACUUUCAGGCCUUGCUGGAGGAGCAGAACCUGAGCGUGGCCGAGGGCCCCAACUACCUGACAGCCUGUGCAGGGCCCCCAUCCCGUCCCCAGCGUCCCUUCUGUGCUGUCUGCGGCUUCCCCUCCCCUUACACCUGUGUCAGCUGUGGCGCCCGGUACUGCACUGUGCGCUGUCUGGGCACCCACCAGGAGACCAGGUGCCUGAAGUGGACUGUGUGAGCCUGAGCAUCCUCAGAGGAAGGCCCUGCGUGCGUGACCCCGGCUUUGGAGAGGGCCUCAGCAAAAGGAGAGGUGCUCCUCCUGGACCAAGAGAGGAGCCGUUCACUUGCCCAACCAAGCAAGUCUUAUCCUUUAGGGAAGACUAGUCUCACUCCAGGGGACUGUGGCAGGGAAGUGGGCCGAGCCCUCACAGUGCUGUUGUAAUAAAAGGUCUCAUGCAAGGAGGA